AUGGCAGACCCAUCAGCCACCUAUACUCCUCUCUCCGAUGAAAAAUCUCCGGCAAGAAGCCACAACAACGAUGAAAAUGUAGUGUCUAACGAGACAGAUGGACAUGAGCUUUUGACAUCUGAGAAAAUAGAGCAGCUGAUUUCUAGCAGUCCAAAAUUGCAGGAGCUUCCAUGGAAUGAUGCCAUGUUAUCAUGGCAAAGAACUGCCUUUCAUUUUCAACCUGAAAAAAACUGGAUGAAUGAUCCUAAUGGUCCAUUGUUCUACAAUCGUUGGUACCAUUUCUUCUACCAAUACAACCCGAAUGCUGCAGUGUGGGCUACUGACAUAGCAUGGGGUCAUGCUGUCUCAAAGGACCUAAUUAAUUGGUUCCAUCUCCCAUUAGCAAUGGUUCCUGACCAAUGGUAUGACCAAAAUGGAGUCUGGUCUGGUUCUGCUACCAUCAUUCAAGAUGGUAAAAUUAUCAUGUUAUACACUGGAAUAACCGAUAAAACAGUUCAGGUUCAGAAUCUUGCAUAUCCUGAAGACUGCGAUGACCCUCUCCUCUUAAAAUGGCUCAAAUACUCAGGUAAUCCAGUUAUAGUCCCACCACUGGGAGUCGGAAGUACGGAUUUUCGUGAUCCGUCAACUGCUUGGUUGACAUCUGAAGGGAAAUGGAGGAUUACCAUAGGGGCUCAAGUUGACAAAAACGGCAGAGCCUUAGUCUAUGAUACUGAAGAUUUCAUAAGCUAUGACUUGCAAGAAGGGAUGCUUCAUGGUGUUGAUGGAACCGGCAUGUGGGAGUGUGUUGAUUUUUAUCCAGUGUCGAAAACGAGUGAUAAAGGAUUGGAUACAUCUGCUAAUGGUCCUGAAGUGAAGCAUGUACUCAAGAUAAGUCCUUUUGAUUACCAACAUGAUUACUAUGCAAUCGGAAGUUAUGACGAAAAGAAAGCAGCAUGGUAUCCUGAUAAUCAAGAUAUUGAUGCUGUUAUGGGGCUUCGGUACGAUUAUGGCAAGUUCUAUGCAUCUAAGGUGUUUUAUGAUCAGAAUAAGGAGAGACGAGUGUUGUGGGGAUGGAUUGGUGAGACUGACAGUCAAGCUGCUGAUAUCAAGAAAGGAUGGGCAUCUCUUCAGAGCAUUCCUAGGACAGUUUUAUUGGACUCAAAGACAGGUACCAAUCUGCUUCAAUGGCCAGUGGAAGAGGUAGAGAGUUUGAGAUUAAAAAGCUACGAUUUCGAGAAAAUUGAAGUAAAGCCAGGGUCAGUUGUCCCCCUUGAUAUUGGAGCAGCAGAACAGCUAGAUAUCAUUGCGGAGUUCGAGUUUGAUAAAAGAGAAUUGGAGAAUACAGCUGCAAAUGAAGAAUUCAGCUGCGAGACAAGUAAAGGAGCUGCUCACGGCAAUGCAUUAGGACCAUUCGGUCUUUUGGUUCUUGCAGAUGAAAGCCUUGCUGAGCAGACUCCGGUAUACUUUUAUGUUAUAAAAGGACAAAAUGGAACUUUAAAAACCUUCUUCUGCACAGACCAACAAAGGUCUUCUCUAGCAAAUGAUGAUAACAAACAAAUCUAUGGAAACUCUGUUCCAGUCCUAGAGGGUGAAAAGUUCUCUCUCAGAAUUUUGGUGGAUCAUUCGAUCAUUGAAAGCUUUGCUCAAGGCGGUAGAACAUGCAUAACCUCCAGGGUUUAUCCAACAAGGGCUAUCAAUGGAGCUGCUAAGCUGUUGUUGUUCAACAAUGCCACAGAGGCUAGUGUUAGAGCUUCACUCAAGAUAUGGCAAAUGGAUUCUGCAUCCAUUCUCCCCUAUCCUAAUAUGCAGUAGACGGAAACCUAUCCUGUCAAGUCUGCCUAUCUUGUUUUAACAUGUACACCAUUUCUUUACCUAAAACAGAUGUAUGUACACAUUUGGAUGUAUUUACACCACAAUGUCCUUGGAUAUGGUAAGUAUUCUGAGUGUUGCAUACUUGAUUAAUAAAAAGUUAUUGUUUACCUACA